AAAUAGCCCUACACACGGAGGUGUAAUUAUUCCCGAUGAUGAAGAAACAAAAACUCAAGCGGUGUCUACCAAGGUCGCACAGCUCCCAAGUGAUGGAGUUUGAAUUCUACCCAGGCCUGAGACCAACGCCUGGGCUUUUAAAAUCGUCAUUCUGCCGUCCUGUGGGCAAACAGUUGUCAUUUCGAUGGUGCUUCAACAUUCCCGUGACUCUGGCAUUAAGAUCACAUACUUAGGAAGCACUAGAAGCAGGACUCUUGCCUAGGCCCAUUUCUUUUUUCCCAUUUCUGUGUUUUUAUUAACUCACACACAACUCCUUGUCUUCUGGAUUGUUGAAGCAUGGCUGCUUCUGAGGAUUCUCUCCCGUCAUGGCCUUGGGAAUAAGAUGCUUUCGCCUACUACAUCCUGCCUUUAGCAGCUACCUGGCUGAUUUGAGCAGACCUGUUUCAGAAGUUCCCAUGAAGACAGUGCGAGGAAGACAACGUGACCAUAUACAGUACUCAGCCCACCCAGCAGUGCCAGUUCGCCAGUUUGCAACCAAGAAGGCCAAAGCCAAAGGGAAAGGACAGCCCCAGGCCAGAGUGAACAUUAACACUGCCUUGGUUGAGGACAUAAUCAGUUUGGAAGAGGUGGAUGAAGACAUGAAAUCUGUGAUGGAAGCACUUAAAGAUAAUUUCAAUAAGACUCUCAACAUAAGGACUGCACCAGGAUCCCUUGAUCAUAUUACUGUGGUAACUGCUGAUGGGAAGCUUGCUCUAAACCAGAUUGGCCAGAUCUCCAUGAAGUCGCCACAGUUGAUUCUGGUGAAUAUGGCCAGCUUCCCAGAGUGUACAGCUGCAGCUAUCAAGGCUAUAAGAGAAAGUGGAAUGAAUCUGAACCCAGAAGUGGAAGGAACACUAAUUCGGGUACCCAUUCCUAAAGUAACCAGGGAACACAGAGAAAUGCUGGUGAAACUGGCCAAACAGAACACCAACAAAGCCAAAGAAAAUUUACGGAAGGUUCGCACUAAUGCAAUGAAUAAACUGAAGAAGUCAAAGGACAAAACCUCAGAGGACACCAUUAGGCUCAUCGAGAAGCAGAUCAGCCAAAUGGCAGACGACACGGUGGCGGAGCUGGACCGGCAUCUGGCAGCAAAGACCAAAGAACUUCUUGGAUGAAAGUCAGCAGUCACAGCCGAGCACCAGUGUCUGCUCAUGCAGUGGGUGGCAAGCGUGUGCGCCCACUGCCCUGACCAUCCAUCAUGCAGUGGGUGGCAAGCGUGUGCGCCCACUGCCCUGACCAUCCAUGGGAGGCUGACACUGCUGCUCCUCCGUCAGCCACUCAGCUUCCUGUUGGGAUGCUCAGACGUAUGGAAUCUCUUCCUCGUUUCCUUGCUCUGCUCAGAAUCUCCUGGUGUGAAGGCCCUCAGAGAAUGUCUCCUGGUGUGAAGGCCCUCAGAGAAUGUCUCCUGGUGUGAAGGCAGAGGACCUUUACUCUGGCAGUGACCAUGACUGUGGUGUCAUGGCAAGACUAGGGCCACCGUCAGGCUUAGCAGCUCCUCUCUUCAACAUAGGAGCCUCCUUUCAAACUGUGAAUCAUCCCCUGCCCUUGUGUUAAACUCAUUUGGAUUAACGUGGACCUUCAGUCCAACUGCUAAUGAUCAAGCCUAAAUAAAUUGGAAAAUAACAACCACAGAGGAAAGAGAGAGAGGUUUGGAUGGAAAGCCCCAGUGCUUGUUUAUAAAGCAACCAAGAGCAAUGCUUUUGCCUCUAGGUUGUCGUCCCACAUGCUGUUCUAUGUGGACCGAGCUUCCGCUCCUAACAACCAGCCCUGUUUACUGUGGUCAGUUGCUCCCUCUGGGCAGUCUCUCUGCCUCCAGAUUAGGCCCCAGUUUUGGCUGGGCUACUCUUAUUUAAACCUCUGUUUUUCUUUUCUGUUAGUCUAUAUCUGGAGAAAAAUUACCAGAGAGAAUGACACAGUAACACUUGAAGUUGUCCAUGUAUUUAUGCUGUGAGAUUGUUAGCUGCUCUCCAAAUGUUUUUCUUCUCUCCGUCACUCCACUCUUGUCUCUGUCAACAUUUAUUUGGUAAUGAGCUACUAUUUCUCCUGAUAGACAGGUCCUUUGUUGUGACUGUCUUUUUCUUCUUCUUUUCAUUGCUGUUUGCCGUGCCAUCGCUUUCGUGUAGAGGUCAGGUCAGACAGCUCCCAGGAGUCAGCUCUCACCUUGUGGGAUGGACCCAGAUCCUCCCUACCAAGCACCUUUGUCUGCUGAGUCAUCUCACUUGCUGCGCUGUGGCUUUCAGUGCCAAGUUAAGUCAGUCAUUUUUCCCUUCCCCUGCAGACAUUCCUUCAUUCAUUUAAUUAUAAUAAAGCUAUAUUUAGGCAUUAUUUGUAAUCACAAAACGAGACAGAUACCUGCACUUACAAAUAUGGAAACUGGCACGGCAGUGUUAGGUACUGAGUCCUCCAGACAGUGGAGUGGGAAAGUGGUGGGACAUUUUAUUUUCCUUUCUUUUUCUGAUAACAAGGUCACUCUACAUAGCCCUAACUGUCCUGGAGCUCACUCUGUAUACCAACUGUGCUGGCCUUGAACUCGGUACUCCUGCCUCAGCUUCUCGAGUGCUUAGUUUAAAGGUGUGGGCCACUGCCCAGCUAGGGGCAUUUCCAUUGUACAAGAUGCAGUUUCUCAAGCCCUGUCAUACAGCCAGCAAGCGGCUAGGCAGAGAGAAAAGUUGUAGGCUUGAUUCCAGAGUCUGUUCUUUCCACCGAACAGAGUGAGAGGCGAAUGACCAUUUCCACCACAUACCGAGCGGUUCUCCAGUGCAGACCAACCAGGUAUCCGGUAUGGAGUCAAUUCUGAGACAUAACUACCUGUGGAGUCUGGGGUUCUGCACUCCGCCCUGAAAAAUGCCCUAUUUUUCUGACAACAAUCGCAAGUCUGGACCACACAAACCUAGUUCCCGGCCCCCCCCUUUGAUCUGGUUAAUCAGCGGAUGAUGCUCAGGGCUUGGGAGGUAGGUUUUCUGGCUUUUUAUAAAGCAUGCUCUGAGGCGUACAGAUGAACACGAUUCAGGGGAUUAGGGGAGGUGGGAUACUGGGAAGCAGGAAUAUGCUCCGAGGCACCCUGGGUGGCCACAUUCCCAGCACUGCCAGAUUGUCCAACCUGAAGAAGCCACUGCCACCUGCUGUCCUGUCAGGACGCAGUGGGCACCAGCUGUUUCUCCCGUGCCCUAUUAUGUGCUAGAACACAGAGGCUGCUGGGCUGUGACUGCUGGCUUUGAGCAGUGCCACUACACUGAACUGAGUGGCCCUCACAGUGCCCCAAGCAGGAAGGUCUGUUCGAGGUCUAGGUGGUGAGAUGUGGCUCAAGGAACCUGCGCUAGCUACUAAAGCUGCUGCUGCUGCUGCCUCUGCCCACACUAGUGGGACCUGCUGGGAAAUAGCCAGUGCGAAUUAGGACUAGGCCAGGGAUGAAAGGAACUAACAUGCCCUCCCACCCCAUUUACUUACCCUCAAAGCCAGAGACAAAUGGGAAGUUAGGCUGCCAGGGGAGAGCUUCUGGAGCCACAAGGUGGAGGCUUUGCCAGGGUUCAGUUCUGCGAGUGACCAGAAUUCUCGCUGCAAAUGUGCUGCUCAAAGAUGCAGGAUUUUUUUUUAAUAAACAGAGGAAAUGAUAAAUUAUGUUGUAACUCCACUCCAAAGGCAUUUGGUUCUUAACAGCCAAAUCCUCUGUAGUCUUUAAAUAAACAAAACUUAUUUGGUGAACAGACGGGGGUGGGGAGGGAUGAAAGAUUUUCAGUACUUGGGUUCCACAUGUCAACAAUUUCUCUCCUGUGUGUAUGUUGGCCAAAGCCAUAUAUCAUGAUAAAUGAAUAAAGGAAAGCCCUGAGCCCAGGGCGGUGAGACAGCUCAGCAAA